UCAAUUGGAGGAUGAAAAGAGUUACAUGUUUUGACAGCUCUGCGGUCGAAAUUCCUCGUUCAAAACCUGCACAGUAAAAUGAACUUCUUUCGACAGAACAAUGCUUUCUUUGCAUCUCUUGGUGCUGGUAUGGUCAUAGGCAUCAUGUAUUGGCGGAUGACACAGAAAAUUAUGCGCGAAUUGCAUAGCCUAUCGGGGGUGAUCGCAGAGCUUCAAACCGAGGUCUGCCAGCUGAAAGAGAAAGUUGACAACGCUGGUAGAAGACGUAAAAGUCCAGGAAGUGGCUUCUUUUCUUUGGGAGCAAGCAGUGGAGAUGACGAUGAGGAAGUUUAUGAAGAAGCUUAUGGAGGGAGUGAUUUAGAGGAUCUGGAAGAGCAGAUUAUAAUAACACCAACACAAACAGAACAAGAAAUUGAAUCAAGAGACGAAGUGUUUACAGAAGUUGAUCAGUUACUGGAAGGGACGGACGAAGACAAAGAAAAAGCUUUCGAUAUUCUUCAGAGAAAUAAAAGCAAGUAUUUAACAGAUGCCAAUUUCUACUGGAGGCUGUCAAAGACCACAUUUCAAGUUUCACAAAUACUUGGUGCACGUGGCGAUGCAGAGAAGAAAAAAGAAUACGUAUACACUGCCAAAGAUUUAGCUCAAAAAGCACUUGAUCUUGAUGACCAAUGUGCUAAUGCUCAUAAAUGGUUUGCAAUAACGAUAGGUAGUAUAGGAGAGUAUGAAGGAACUCAAGAGAAAAUCAAAAAUGGAUUUAUAUAUAAGGAACAUAUAGGGAAAGCAAUAUCAUUGAAACCAAAAGACCCAUCCAAUCAUUAUCUGCUAGGUAGAUGGUGCUAUAGUGUAUACAUGUUAUCGUGGAUUGAGAGAAAGGCAGCUGCAGCAUUGUUUGCUACCCCACCCACUUCUACUGCAGAGGAAGCAGUCAUACAUUUCUUAAAGGCAGAUGAACUGAAUCCUGGAAAGUGGAAAGAAAAUAUUCUGUUUAUAGCUAAGUGUUAUAUAGAGAUGAGACAAUAUCAAGAAGCAGUAAAAUGGCUGAUAAAAGGACAACAGAUUCCAACUGUUAGUCAAGAUGAUAAAGAGUCAGAGAUAGAAAUUGGAACACUGUUAGCAAAAUACAGGUCCUACUGAAUCUGUGGGUCACUAGAAUCUACUCAACAUAAAGUGCUAUAAACUAUAUUUAUUAAUUGCCAUAAUAAUGGUUUGUCUCUCUUCGACUAGGAACAAAUUGUGACAAAAUGAGGUUGUUCAAAAAGGAUUUAUUCUUGAGAUUAUGUUUUACUGUGUUUUAACAGUCAGUAUUGAUAAUAUAGUCUCGUUUUGUUUUAUGCUGUGAAAUUGUGUAAUUUUGUUGGUGUAAUUGUCAGGGGUUUUGCAAAAAAAAAAUGGCUAUUUCACACGGGUAUGAAUGUUGCAUGGUUAUCAAAUUUUGAUAAAUGCGAAAUUUGAUAUAUUAGGGUUUAAUUUCAUGGAUUGACAUAGCCAAGAAAUACACAGAAAUAGUCCCCCACAAACACAUUAAAAUGAUUUCACAGUAUGUUAAAGGUUGAAUAGUAGUAAUUGAAAUCCGUGGUUGUUAUUUGGAUUGAAUUUAAUACAGAGCUAUAUUUUCUGUCUAAGAUUACCUGAACUGUUUAUUGCUCAUUUUUGAAACAAUUAUGAAAUCUCCCAUACAGAUUUGUUGCUCUUCUAUGUCUGCCUUAGCCUAGUUUCUUUUGAAGAAUCUUGAUUAAAAAUUAACAUCUUCAACACGUAGUUAAAUAUACUAUACUUAUCAAGUAAUUAAGAUAUUGCUUGAAGUAUUAUUGAUAUAUGUAAUCCACCAAGAAAGUUGCAAAGUUGUGAAAAUUCUAAAGGUAUAUCAAACAUAUUUUCAGUGAAGAAUAUCAAACAUAUUUUUCACAGGUAAGAAACUAUAAAAUGGGUAAAUUUUGUCAAAACAUGAAAUUAAAAGAAAAUUGUAUGUUUUUCAUGUAUGAUUAAAAUAUCUUUCACUCAUGAAUAUCAUAUCUUACAUUUUCACUUGUGGCUAUGCCCCUAGUGACAAUAUUUCAUCAAAUGUUCGCUUGUGAAAGAUAUUUCAAUCUUAGACUAAUAGAAACAAAUAUCCUCUAUAUCUUGGCUGGUUCUAGUGAAUUGGUUCUUGUAAAAUUUGUCACAGGUACACACUUAGCCUGGCUCCCUGGCUGCAUGGUUAUUUUUUAUAUAGAUACUGCAGGCAAAAUAUGAAAAUCUUACGCCUCUAAAAUAGCACAUUUUAUCUGAUGGCUGAACCCUAUGUUCAGAGCCAGGGGCAAUAAAAAAUAUCAAUGUAGAAACAACCUGCUGGAGUUACUUCCCUCUUAAUGAAUAAACUUAUAUAGGCCUAUAUAUGUAGAUAAGAACAAACAUAGGGACGGGAGCCAGUCUAGUACACACUAGAUAUUCUUCAGGUUUGUUAGUUUCCUCUGCCCACUUUAAGUCAAACCAGUCUUUGACAGUGACAACAUGUCAUUAUGUUAUAUUUCAAUGUCUUUUACUUGAUGUCAUCUGCUGCUUGAAUUGUUAAAGUUAUAGCCAUCAGACAUUCGACAUUUGUAGUAUUUUGAUGAUGUAUAUGGAGAUGACAGCGUAGAGGCAACAACUCUGUAAAAGAGAUUUACAAAUAUGCUCAGAACAUACAUGGUUUGAAUACAUAAUGUGUGCCAUAAAAAUAGAUUUUUUUUAUAAUUUAAGAUGGCAUGUAAAUAUUUGUAGACAUUGAUUGUGUUACAAACUUUUCAUAAAGUAUGAUUUUAUUGCCAUGAAUUCUGACCCUUUAAAAUGUUGCAGACAAAAAUUGUACUGGUACACAUGUUCAUUCAUUUUCUCUGGAUAGAGUUCUAAAAUCAGGAUUGAAUUGCAAUAUACAAGUAUGUUUUGUUUUAUAUGUUAUUGUUGUUUUCGUCGAAAACCAAAGCAUGAGUUGAAGAAAUUUAUAGUAAUCAGGGACCAAGAGCAUUAACCAUUCUCACAUACACGGUCGUGACAUAUACAUAGAUUGCUCAUACAUACAAUGAUAUCAUUAAUUGACAGCUAAAUGGUGCAAUUACUUGUUUUUUGAAUUUUUAAAUUUAACUAGCAACUCUGCUGAUCUAAAUUUUACAGUUUUAUAAUUUACUAGAAUAAUAAUAAUUAUGUUCUCAUUACGUAAAUAUUCUUAAUUUUGUUGAUGUUGUAAAUUGUGUAUUUUCAUAAUUCUAUGUAUUUGUAUAAGGUUUAGUUUCGUUUUAAAGGUUAUUUGAUAAGAUGCUAAGUGAAAUGUAAAAUUUACUCCCUAAUCAUUUUUAGCUCAUCUGAUUUUUAAAAAGAAAAAAAAGAGUUAUUCUCAUUACUUGGUCGGCGUCGGCAUUGCCUGCCAUGGUUAAGUUUUGUUUAGGUCAGCUUUUCUCCUAAACUAUAAAAGCUAUUGCUUUAAAACUUGCAGCACUUUUCACCAUCAAUAGCUGACUAUGUACGGCAAGAAAUUUAACUUCAUCCUGCUUUUUGCAAGAAUUAUGGCCCCUUUUGGACUUAGAAAAUAUCAGAUUUCAUGGUUAAGUUUUAUGUUUAGGUCAACUUUUCUCCUUAACAGUGACUCUGCACAGCUAGUACCAUAAUUCUGCAUUGCUUUUUGCAAGAAUUAUGGCCCCUUUUGGACUUAGAAAAUUAUAUUUCUUGGUUAAGUUUUAUGUUUAGGUCAGCUUUUCUCUUAAACUAUCAAAGCUAUUGCUUUAAACUUUGCUACACUUGUUCACCAUAAAAAGCUGACUCUGUACGGCAAGAAAGAUAACUCCAUCCUGCUUUUUGCAAGAAUUAUGGCCCCUUUUGGACUUAGAAAAAUAUCAUAAAAACACAUGGGUAGGACAAUAUUUCUGUUAUACAGAGACAAAAAAAUCAGAUGAGCGUCUGCUGCGAGUGGCAGUGACCCUUCAUGGUGGUGCAUUUGUUUCUACAGGAUGUAAAAGUAGACAUAACAAAAUAGAUCUUUGAGAAGAUCCUUUUGAAACAUGAAAUACAACUAAGCAAAAUAAUUGAAAACGGUAACAAAAAGUGCAAGGCUCUGCGGCUCAUGGUCCCUUAGCGUUAGCUUAAGAGAUACUCUUAUUAUACUGAAAUAUUGAAUGGAUUUUAUGAUUCCAAAGGACAAAAAAAAUGUAACAUGUAUUAUGUAAUUUGUUUCUGUAAUAGAUCUUUUUUGUUUACACUUGUUAACCCUUAGUCUGCUGGCAGAAAGUGAUUCUGCCUUUGCGACCAGUGCAGACCAAGAUCAGCCUGCACAUCUGUGCAGUCUGAUCAUGGUCUGCAACUGUUUGCUAUUCAGUCAGUAAAUUUUCAGUGAACACCCCUCUGAAUAAUAAGUGGUACUGCCCAAAUUGAAUGAUGGGCCAGUCCAUUUUAAUGUAAAAGGUUAAAAUGUAAAAUACAGCUCCAACCGGACUUAAAGGACUAUGACUCCUUAUAUUAAUCGCUAGUCCAUAGUUUGUGCUACAUGUAUAUGACAGCCUAUACUCAAUACGUUUUUAAUAAAUCAGAAAUUUGAAAAUAAAACUAAAAAUUACUUCCUGGUGUCAUGAGAUAAAACACUUAUUGAAUGGCUUGCUGGUCAGUAAGUGUCUACUAUAUAGUUGUAUAGAUCUUUUUUUAUGCUGCUACAUAUAUAUAUAAAGGUUGUUCCUGCUUUACAUAAAUAAUUGUUAUGAUUUAUAUAUUUGUAAAUCUAUUUUUACAAGGAACUGUUUGAAAAGAUUAUAAAAAUGAAACUUGAUUUAGAUAGAAUAUUAUUAUAUUAUGUAUUGUUGAAAGUUGUACAGUAUUAGUUUUGAAUAACAUGUUACUGCUAAUUUGAAAGAGGUGUUGCUAUUUCAGUACCUGAAUGUGUACGCAUACGUGUAGUUAAUCCUUAUCAUGCUGGACACAAUUGAUUCUGCCUUUGCGACCAGUGUAGAUCAUGAUCAGCCUGCUUAUCCAUCUCAUCAUGGUCUGCACUGUUCGCCAUUCAGUCAGUAUUGUUUUUGUAUGCACCUCUUCUAAGGCCUAAAGAAAAAUCUUUGUUUCUGGUAACAUGCUCAAAAAACUAGGGUACCUAGUUAGAUUGGAUUUUUUUUAUAAAGCGAGACUUUUCGUAAAUUAUUUUUGUGUCAAAAAAUGGAUACAAACCCUGGUUAUGCCUUUAGAGCAUCAGUAAGUUCAUUUCCAACAUCACUGGCCAUUUUUAAAGGAUAAAAAGAGCAGUUUUGUAACUUCUUGUUAAAAAGUUGAAAAAAAUAUUCUCCAAGGCCAUAAAAACAUAUAGGGUCGGGCCAAAAAUUUAGGGUUGGUUGGGAUACUGGAAACAAACAAUCUUUUUUACGCCUAACAGUUAAUUGUACUGUCCAAAUUGAAAGAUGGACAAGUUCAUUUAAUUUAUAGAAAUUUAGCAGGAUAGGGGUUAAUCUCUACACAAUGAUAAGCAUAGUCUGAAAUUUAUACAUUUUAUAGGAAUCAGUUUAUAAUUUAGAUUCUUUUUUCAAGUGUAUUUUGCAUGUGUAUAGCUGGAUUGUAUUGACAGAGGCAAUAUUCUGAAUCUUAACAUCUUUGGGGUGGAGGCUUAUUGCUUAUCCAUACAAGUAUGAAAUUGCAUCCUCUUUUAAAUUUAAAAACAGUGUUAUUGAAUUAAAUUGAGUAGCACAUUA